GGAGCCUGUGGUACUGCGCCAAAGAGCAGGGAGAGUGGAAGGAAGCCAGGCGGGGUAGAGGGAGGGUUUGUAGAGGUGGAUUGACACGAGGUUUGCUUGGCAAUCUGGGAAUGGAGAUGGCGGAUUGAACAUCGGUAGGCGAGAGAGGAGAGGAUACGUGAGGCGAUGUCCGAAUGCAGUCCGAGGACUGAAAGGGAAGGAGAGCAACGAGGAUCGGCGGGGCAGAUUUUGGCAAAGCAGGGAGGGAGGUCGUAGAACCUGCUUGGAGGAUUGUCAAAAUUCGGUGUAGGAGAAUAGACGCAUCAGGAUGCCACCCAAGGCAGCACCAGCCAAGGGCGCCAAGGAGAAGUCGAAGGCGGAUCUAGCGAAGAAACAGAAGCUUGUUGAAGAUAAGACCUUUGGACUCAAGAACAAGAAUAAGAGUAAGAAUGUCCAGAAGUAUGUGCAGAGCCUUCACCAAUCUGUCUCUGCUAAGGCUAACCCCGUGAACGAUCCAAAGGCUGCAGCGAAGAAAAAGAAGGAAGAAGAGGCACAGAGAGAGAAAGAGUUGAAUGAGCUAUUCAAGGUUGCUAUCAGCCAGCCGAAAGUGCCGCUUGGCGUGGAUCCGAAGUCCGUUGUCUGCGAGUUUUUCCGACAUGGGCAAUGUGCGAAGGGAUUCAAAUGCAAGUAUUCCCAUGACCUGGGUGUGGAACGUAAGGGAGAGAAGAUCGAUCUCUACAGUGAUCAGCGUGAUAAUGAGGAUGGCAUGGAAGAGUGGGACCAGGAAACCCUGGAGAAAGUAGUGGAGUCUAAAGGACAGGAAUACUCUCACAACAAACCAACGGAAAUUGUUUGCAAGCAUUUCUUAGAUGCAGUCGAGAAGAAGCAGUACGGUUGGUUUUGGGUUUGUCCUAAUGGAGGCAAAGAUUGUCAUUAUAGACAUGCCCUACCUCCGGGCUAUGUUCUGAAGUCUCAGAUGAAAGCUCUUCUUGAAGAAGAAGGGGAGAAGUUGUCCGUGGAAGAGGAGAUUGAAAGUCAGAGACACCAACUCAAACAAUCUACCCCAAUCACGGGUGAACUUUUUGCCAACUGGAAGAAAAAGAAAUCGGAUGAAAAGGAAGCUGAACUAGCCGCCAAGAGAGCUGAAAGAGCCAAGAUGGACAGGAUGAGUGGACGCGAACUUUUUGCUGCAGACGCAAGUCUGUUUGUGGAUGAUGCCGAGGCUUUCGAUAAAUACCAAAGAGAGGAUGAGGAGCAAGAAAGUUCUCGGCCUUCUGAUCGGCCUGCUGAGUCUCAGCAAAACAGGCAAAAUCAAGGAGGUGCCGACUCGGUGGCUACAUCUGUGGACCUUAUUACUGAAGAGGAUGCACAACUUCUGGCAGAAGAUGAUGACGAGUUGGACCUUGACGAGCUGGAUGAACUGGAAUAUAGCAUUGCCAAAACCUCUCUGGAUGACACCAAUUGGAGCAACGAUGCUCGAUGGUCAUCAACCAGCUCGAGCUACACGACUAUCGAAACUGAUUCCAAGUAUUGAAGAGAUGGCUGAUAUGGUUUGUUUGCUCUGGGCUGAGUUUUGAACUGUGUUGUACAUAUGAUCGUGGACUCCAUGUCAGCUGAGGAGAAGUUUGUGCUCUUCCUUUCCGAACUAUUUGGGGUAAGCACGUUAUCCAAGAGCAACGAACGUCAUUUACUUGGGACGUGUAUGGUGAAGGAAGCACUUUAGCUCGGAGUCCGGAGCCAACUUGGCAGACAUAUCGCUCACACUACCUCAUACCAAUGAGUAUGACCAAUCGCUUCUAAGCAAAGAGCAUUGCCAAGUGACUGAAGUUUGCACGUCCACGAUGUAUUCACAAGUUUGGAACCAGAGGGCCACCUCUGCAACAGCCCAAACACUAUUGUCACAAUACCAAGCUCUAAUGCCGAGCACCGAAUUCAGACUUCGAAUGUACUGUGAGGCUAAUAUGCCCAAAGUCAAAGAGCCUGGAAAGGAUGGGGGAUGCCAUCCGUAUCACAUAAUAGGACAAACCAACGUUAGUAUCAUUUAUAAUAGUAAACUUUAUGAAACCUUUGUUAUCACUAUUAAUUAGAUUGUUACAUUAUUCCAUCUAUUGCUUUCAAGAUCGUGUCACUCGGUCUGGAUAGCAAAGAACGGUUGAACAGCAGUCUGUAGGAACUGCUGUUUUGUAGAUUCUUUGUUUAAAACUGGUACGGGAACUCGAACCUUAGCUCUUUGACUCUAUACUCCCAAUUGGCAUAUCUCGAUUGCGUUGAGAGUUGAAAAGUCUCUUACGAAAUGUUCAGGAGUAUUUUUCGUUAAUUUUAUUGUGUGUAUACUGCAACACUUUGUUUUUAUUGCACUAGGCCCACGACAAUAUCGGGGCCUAGCCCCUGGUUUCAUGUUUGUUUUCUCCAUUCUUGAUGGGGUCUUCCCAUCUUCUUUGAUAUCUCAUUGGACGCCCUUCGUUUUAUGUUUUUUGCAUGUACGAUACUUCCA